GUGCGAUGCGACACCCAUCGUCUUCUCCUUCCUUUCUUUGUUCGAGGGCUCCGUCCUCUGGAGUCUGCGUCUCCGAAUCCGCAAAGUGUUUUGAGUGCGAGAUUUUAGUUUUUAGCAAGUUGCAAGCCGCGGUCUCAAAUAUUGGGGACAGUGCUCGCCCUUCCUAGAAUCCGGACCCGACUGGGCCUCAGCUCGAUAGGAUGGAUGGAUGGGAGGGGAGGGCCCCGAGGGGACCUAUUUCGAAGACCGGCUUGACCGUCGUCUCCGAACCCGAUAAACCGUCUCUUGACAUCGUUUUUAUACAUGGAUUCACCGGCCACCCCGAACGAACAUGGGCUUCCAAGAACGCCAAUCCCCGACAGAGCAGCGACGAUGACAUGUUACCUGCUCAAUACGUUGAGCCUCCUUCCAAAAGACAAAGAACCCUCAAUCCCUUCUCAAGUUCUCGCCUCAACAGCAGGGGGGACUCUGUCCCUCAUACCUACUGGCCGCGCGAUUUGGUUCCACAAACGGUACCCUUCGCGCGAGUCCUGACAUACGGCUAUGACACACAUAUCAGACAUUGGGCAGGGCCUCCUGUAAACAAGAGUACCAUAUACGACAUCUCAGAGAAUCUCCUGGUCGCGCUGGAGUCUGAACGUCGACUGGAACCGUCAAGGCCGGUAUUGUUUGUGGCACAUAGUCUCGGAGGCAUCGUCGUCAAGGAGAUGCUUCGGCAGUCGAGAGGCUGCCACUCGGUCCGGGCUGACCUUCACGCUGUCUUCAAGUCCACCGUCGGUAUCAUAUUCUUCGGUACCCCACACGCAGGCGCUGAUCCCGGCGGCUUUCUCAAGCGCAUUGCCAAGAACGUAUUGAAAGCUGUUGGGUUUUCUGUCAACGAGCAGAUUCUCAGCGCGCUGUUGCCAGAUUCGGAACGUCUUAAGGAGCUGAAGCAAGAAUUCGGUCCCAUGGCCCAAGAACAGAAUUGGAUCAUACACUCCUUCCGGGAGCAAUUUGGCCUUGCAGUUCUCAAUAACCAAAAGGUUGUGGAUGAUACCUCGUCUUAUCUCAAUAUCCGGGGCAUCGAGACAACCGAACAAAUUGGACGGAACCACAUGGAAAUGUGUCGCUUCACGGGCCUCGACGACGUUGAAUACAAAAAGGUGGCCGGUGCUCUGCUUAGGAUUACGACCACGACGUCCAAUCAGCCUACGACAAUAGGGCCAGCGCCGCUGAGUAAAGAGCAGAUACAAGUGCUGCUGGACUCAUUGAGGUUCGACCAAAUCGAUGCUCGCCAGACGAAUAUCAGAAAGGCACACGCCCAGACAUGUGAAUGGCUGCUGACAACAUCCCAAUAUCUCGACUGGCUUGAUCCUAGCAAGCGUGACCAACAUCACGGCUUCUUAUGGAUCAAAGGAAAACCUGGGGCUGGGAAGUCGACGCUGAUGAAAUUCGCCUAUGCGAACGCCUUUGACAAGGCCAAGAACAAGACGCCUGCCGAGGUUGUCAUCUCCUUCUUUUUCAACGCGCGAGGAAGCGAGCUGGAGAAGUCGACUGUUGGCAUGUACCGAUCAUUACUGCUGCAACUUCUUGAAGGGCUCUCAGAACGUGGAAGCGUGUUUAAGACCGUCGGAUUGCGGACCUUGAACGGCGAAGGCCACCAAUGGGGCAUCGAAGCCCUGAAAGUCUUGUUCGAGGAAGUCGUACGGGGACUCGGAGACUUGCCUGUCACCUGCUUCGUUGACGCUUUGGAUGAAUGUGAGGAGGCUCAAGUCCGCGACAUGAUCUCCCUCUUCGAAGAAAUUGGCGAAAUGACGACCAACGCAAAUCCACCCAUCAACUUCAGCGUUUGCUUUUCCAGUAGGCAUUACCCCUACAUCACCAUCAAAAGAGGCCUCGACUUGGCCCUUGAAGAGGAACACGAACACGGCAGGGAUAUCGCCAGGUAUCUGAACAGCAAGUUGAAGAUUGGCCACAGCAAACUCGCCGAGCAAAUCCGAGCCGACGUCCAACAGAAGGCCUCCGGGGUCUUCUUCUGGGUUGUGCUGGUGACGGAGAUUCUGAACAAAGAACAUGACCGCGGCCGUAUCCAUGGUCUUCGACAGAGGCUCCGAGAUAUCCCGGGAAACUUACAUGAGCUUUUCCGCGACAUCCUGACGCGCGAUCGCCACAACAGAGGCGAACUCCUCUUGUGUGUUCAGUGGGUCCUCUUUGCAAGACAGCCAUUGAAGCCAGAGCAGCUCUACUUUGCCAUCCUUUCCGGUGUCAACCCUGAAGCUCUCUCUGAGUUCGAUCCCGGAGAGAUCACAACAGCUGUCACGAAAAGAUUCAUCCUCAGCUCGUCCAAGGGGCUCGCCGAGGUCACCAAGUCAAAAAGCCCCACAGUUCAGUUCAUCCAUGAAUCGGUCAGAGACUUUCUUCUCAAAGAAGACGGGUUGAGGGAGGUUUGGUCUGACCUCGGAGGGAAUUUUGAAGGAGCCAGCCACGAGCGACUGAAACAAUGCUGCCUCACUUACAUGCGCAUCGACGUCGCCACGUCUCUCGAAAUCGCCGACUCUCUCCCCACGGCGAAAACCGAGGAAGCCGCCAAACUUCGCCAGUCUGCAAAUGAAAAGUUUCCGUUCCUAGAGUAUGCUACGCGGAAUGCCUUGUACCACGGAGAUGCAGCGGAAGCGGGCGGCAUCAGACAGGCGGCCUUCCUCCGAAGUUUCCAGCUUGCGGACUGGAUUAAACUCAACAACUUGUUUGAACGACACGAGAACCGGCGGCACACUGCGAACGCAAGCCUCCUCUACAUAUUGUCCGAGAGAGACAUGGCAGCCCUCAUCAAAGUUCACCCCUCGAACCUGUCCUUUUUUAAGGAAGAAGACGAGCGAUAUGGGACACCAUUCUUUGCAGCGCUUGCUACCGGUAGUGAUAAAGCAGUCGAGUCAUUUGUCACAAUAUGUUCAGAAACGCAACCACAGUCAUCUCUGCGGCGCCAACUUUGCAAUCAAUUGCUCGAAAACAGAAAGAAAACCCUAACCAUCGGCCGCCAGUUCACCUUCUCGCGGAAUAAAGGGGCCCUCUCCUAUAUCCUGGAACAAGAAGACGAGGCUUUGCUCGCUUGUUUUGUUCUGUCGGAUCAGCCGGAUCAGCCGGAGACGAAGGCCCGCAGAGGACAGGCACUGCUGGGUGCCGUCAAGAGAAAUUACGAGGCCAUUGUACAUCUACUCCUCCAGACGGGCCAGGUCGAUGUCGAUUCGAAGGAUAACAAUGGCUGGACACCACUAUCGUGGGCCGCUGCGAACGGGCACGAGGCCGUUGUAUGCCUUUUGAAAUCCUACAGUGAUUGAACUUUGUAGUGAGAUAUCGUUUACAUACCUCUUCCCGAUUUGGUAUAUAUUGCUAGACUUUGUCAUUAUAUCCUUCCCCCGUAAUCGGCUGCAUACUAUCCCGAUUCUCAUAUGCAACCUUUGCUAUCUAUCUAGCGAGUCCUAUUGCGUAGAUACGUUGAUUUGGUGAUGCGCAAUACUAAGGGCGUACGGAAGCUAGAGCACUUCCGAUCCGACGCCAGACUGU